AAUAUGGAAAGAACAGUUAUAAACCGCUUUGUUAAUUUUGUUAUGCGCAGAAAACAAGUUUGAUUUGAAAGCGCAAGCAGAGCAGAAAAGCAAAUGUCUCAAGCCUCUGCAACUGCACUUGAGCCUUUGAAGUUACACUCACGCAGAUUCACACACACCAUAUCCUUCUUCUCUCUUCCUCCCUUUCCCGCCUUCAACGCCAAACCCUCUCUCACUCUCACACCUCUUCGUCUCUCUCCUUCCCACCCUCCUACUCUCACUCACAUCCUCCCUUCCCGUUUUCGGACACCAUGCACCACGCAAAAAUCAGACAUGAUUUCGCAGCUUGAGAUUGGGAAACCGGAGCCAAUCAAGAAACCCGAGAAGCGAGUCAAUGGAAUAUUCUGGAUCAUACUACUCAACAUUGGCAUAUUCGUUGCUGACCAUUUAUUUCAGGUUAAUGGCAUCAAAUCUCUGUACCUGUACCACAACUGGCCUGCUUGGUACCAAUUUGUCACAGCAACAUUUUGCCAUGCUAAUUGGAAGCAUCUUUCUAGCAACCUUUUCUUCUUGUACAUUUUCGGAAAACUUGUUGAAGAAGAGGAAGGGAACUUUGCUUUGUGGCUUUCUUACAUUCUUACUGGUGUUGGAGCAAACCUUGUUUCAUGGUUGGUUUUACCAAGAAAUACAGUUUCUGUUGGAGCUUCUGGUGCUGUUUUCGGGUUGUUUACUAUCAGCGUCCUUGUAAAGAUGUCCUGGGAUUGGAGGAAGAUCCUUGAAGUUCUAAUUUUGGGUCAGUUUGUAAUAGAGAAGGUGAUGGAAGCAGCCCAAGCUUCAACUUCAUUAUCAGGAACCUUUCGCGGAAGCUACGCAUUGCAGAAUGUCAAUCAUAUUGCUCAUCUUUCUGGUGCUCUUGUUGGUGUUCUCUUGGUUUGGCUCCUAAGCAAAGUCCCUGCUGAUCCCUCAGAACCAUAAUAUAGUUUGCACAACAAAACUGGCCAAACUACAAAUGUGACUUUGCUCAGCUAAUAUUUCAAGUCAGAGUCUAGGUUUUGUUUACCACUUCUGUUGCUGUGGGAUAUUGAUCAUCUAUGUAACAGGAAUGCAUUAAAUUGUAAAAGUGUUGUCUAGUGCUAGCUGCCCUAGGAGAAAAUAAAAGAUCAUUAUCCAAACGGAAAUGCUGUAAAUGAAGGAACAUAACAUAAUUAUUUUAUCGAAAUGAAAUAAAAAUAAAGUGAAUUCAGGUGAACUAAUUAAUUAAA